AUGCCAUUCAAUACCAACGCGACAUUCUUGAGCCAUCUGAAAUCUAUAUAUCCAUCUACCGGGAUUGGGAAUGCAAGCAAUCCUUGGUACAUUGUAGCCGCCGUUGCGUUCAGCGCCAGUAACGAACCUCAAGCUGUGCCAGAAGUCUUCAAUUAUUCAUUAGCAGAAGCUGGACAAGAACACGAGGAACGAUUGCUUUUGGCCCGCAAAUUCCGUGAUGCUUUGUUCAAGGCCGGAUUGACCAGCGGGUACUCAAAAACAAUUAAUAGUUUGGCUGCACUUCACGAGGUGAUGCCUCCAGAAUUGCGCGACACAACGAUGUUGAGAGACAAAACGACCUCCAUUCAAGACCACGAACGAAAUGGUCGCACAUUCUUUCGAGAAACAUAUGGUGAUACUGCCGAUUCCGUUCAAACACUCUUGGACACUAUCUAUCCGGACAUGGGAUAUUUCUCAAAUACAAUCGGUUAUGGUUAUACCUAUGGUUUCACAGACAUCCUCUCGCCUCUCGAAACAUCCUACGUCCUCGUUGCAUCCUUAAUUGCCAGCGACACUCCCCGCCAGAUCAACUGGCAUCUAGACGGUGCACGCAGAAAUGGUGCCACACUCGAGGAAGUUAAAGCUGUGCGACAAAUUGCGAUCGAGGCUGCUUCUGCUGCUGGUGUAAAAUGGAAGGAUGUUGUACCAGAAGUCAAAGAUAGCUAA